UCGCCCGCUCUUCCCGUCCAAACCAUCACCACACGACCCAUCGUCCAUCAACAUCGCCAAGCAUGGCCUCACAGGUCUCGGCACCCGCCCGUCGCCCACCCCGCUUAUCACGCUGGACAGGCAAUUUCCUCCGCUUCUCCCUUCUCCCCGUCAUAGCUCUAGGUGUACCAGCGUGGCCGCUCCUCGCAAUCUCGUGCGCCAUCCCCUUUGUCAGCCUCGUGACCAUCCCGCUCUUCCUCCUCUUGUCACUCCUCCUCGUCUAUUCGCUGUCAUGGUUCACAUACCUCGUCCUCGCGCAAGCCGAUGCGCCACAUGCGGACUCGACGUUUAACAGGGUGCUGCCCUUCUUGCCUUACUCACCUCUCAAGUGCUUGAAGGUGACGUGGGCGGGUCUCCUCUAUUCGAGCACGGCGGUUAGGCUUGUAUUGCCUGCGGUUCUGGACUGGAGCUAUAGGAGGGUGAUGGUCCUGGGUACGACGGCGGGAGCUGCAGUAGUCAAAGAGGCGAUCCCGUACGGCCCCGCAGGCUCAGACAAGCGCCUAGACGUCUAUCUCCCUCCAGCACGCAGCAAUGCCCCCUCCGCGGUUCCCUCCCCUGAUCGACCCCGCAAGUCCACCUCCUUCGGUAAGCGACAUCGCAAGCACUCGACCCUCUUCAAUGAGCCACCUCCCGCCGUCGGUCCAGAUGGUUCCAUGCUCGACCAUCAUCCCGACGCCUCAUCGCACUCCCCUCACGCGCCCAAUCGCCCGCAGCGAGGAGCAGCAGUCAUCGUCUUCCUCCCCAGCGCCAUCCCGCCUAUUCUGUGGACAAACAAGCGCAAGACCUACCUCCAACUCGCGCUGCGUCUGCGCCGAAUGGGCCACUGUGUCGUCAUUCCAGACCUCGCCUACUUUCCCGAAUCGCGUAUUCGCGAGUCCAUUAUUGACGUGCGACUCGUCCUCAAUUGGGUGGGGGAGAACAUCGCCCGCUUCGGUGGGGAUCCGGAACGCAUCCAUCUCAUGGGGCAUGGAUUAUCCGCUCACCUUGCGCUUCUGACCCUCACGCAAGAGGCAAUUGUGCUCAGUCGCGAAGGUAUCCUGGAGGCGCAGGCGUACAGAGAUAAGCAGAAGGCGGCGAUCGAGGAGAGAUGGCAGAAGGAGGAAGAGGACAGGCGAAGAUACACGGCAGCAGCAGCCGCAAGGGCUGCGAGCAGUAGCUUGCCUUCGAGCCCACCCAGAAAGAUGAAGGUGGCGGGCUCGUCCAAGGCGCAUCCAGACGUCAACGACGCCGAUGAAGAGGACGAGGGCUCUGCCAACAACUCCGGCGGCGCAGGCGGGAACGCUUGGGUAGACGAGCCUACCUCGGUGGAGGAGAGCGCCUCCACCGGCCUGGCUCCAGGUAUAGUCCUCCCCGCCUCUUCGCCAUUCAAGUCCAAGUCAUCCGUGAACGAGAGCACGGCUCGUGCAACCAAACGCUUAGCAAAGCAGAUGGAUGCCCUCGGCACAGACGGGGCCGGUGAGCAGACCUAUCCUCCCUCGCCAGCUGCUCCCUCCCCCUCUGGCUCUCAUACGCCCGCUGGCGGGAUGAUGGGUUUCCCCACCACACCCGGAUCAGCGACCAGCAGGAGAGAGCGUUACCUCUCCUCCCAGCAGAAGCGUUGGUCCCGCGACCUCUCUCCCUCCCGUGGAGACGACGAGAUUGACCCGCAGGAGGACAGCGACGAUAACCUGCUAGACAUCCCCAUCCCCAACGGGCUACGUCGCGUCAACAUCUAUGCGCCAGAGAUAGACGUCCCUCCUGUGGCGGGUCUGAUCCUCUUUUCCGGUAUCAGCGACGUCAUCAAGGGGUUCCGCAACGAGACCGAGCGCGGCAUUGAAGACUUGAGCGUGCUGCGUCGCUCUUGCGGGCCCAGCCACACGUCAUGUCUACUGCACUCCCCCGCCCACCUGCUAUACGCAGCCAAGAACCUAGUGGACCCAACCUUACUGCCGCCCAAGGUCCUUCUCGUUCACGGAGGACAAGACGCCGUCGUUCCCAUCGAGCAGAGCACCCUUCUCAAGACUCUCCUGGUGGGAAUCGGCGUCGGGCACGUGAGGCUGAGGGCGUACAGGAAGUUGGGACAUGUGGAGAGCGUGGCUUGUUUGUUCUUGGGGAUGAACAGGGGACUCAAGAGGUAUAUGCGCAUGGUGCAGAGGGACUUGGAUGAUUUCCUCGAAGCGUAGAUGAGAGGGGAUGCUGAGUGAGUGAAUGAGUGUAGAUAGAUACCGGG